CAUCGUGUUUCGACAUUGUAUAAGUGCGUAUCGAAACGCUGUUUACUUCUAUCGAAUAAAAUAGUUGUUACAUACUACUUCUACACAUUUUAUACGUUCUACGAUCACACAGUGUGUCGUAAAGUUGGGUUUGUUUCAACUUGUCCAAAUGAAUAGAUACAUGUAUGCAAGAAGAAACAUAAUGUUACAAUUAAUAGCAGUCAGCGAAGAAACAAACAAUGCGUAAGGAAUUUGCUGUAUAUGUUACAACGAAUUAAAAUAAAUUGCUUUGAAUCAUAUAUAUUAUUGAAUAAUUUUUUACCCAUCCAUUUUUACGUUUUCUUUCAUUUUAAUGGUGCACUGUGUCCUCCAGUUAUCUUUCAUUUUUCUAUUUUUACCUAUUUGAAGUCUAUUAAAAAUUAUAUGAACAUAAUAAAACAGCUGAUUCAAGGGAAUAACCAAUCAGAAAAUAAGUAACAGUACGGACUCUAAUAUGGCGGGUUUCUAACUCUAAGUUAGUAGCGUUUUAGCUAGGUUAAAUGAUUUAGAUAAAUUGUUCUAUAUUUCAUAUAUUCUAGGCUGUAAGAUAUAUGUAUUGCGUAAUAUGAUUUAAUAUUCUAUAGUCGUAAGUUGUUAAGUUCAAAAGUUGUAAGAAUCGUACAAAGUAUUAUAUGUAUAGAUAUUUCAGUAUUAUUUAGUAUAAAUAAAAUUGUACACAAAAAUAUGGAUGAGCUAAAUCCAUCUAAGCGCAAAAAAGUUGUCAAUCUUCUAAAAAAAUUUGAAGAGAAUAGAAAAAAUGUAUCUGAAUCUAUUAUGACAUUUAAUUUUAAUAAACAACGUAUUAAACAUUUAAGCGAAUUAAAUGAUGUUAAAGAAAACUGUAAGGGUAUCUUGUAUUGGAUGUUUCGUGAUAUUAGGACACAAGACAAUUGGGCUCUGCUCUUUGCCCAGAAAAUUGCUGUGAAAAGAAAUGUACCCCUCCAUAUAUGUUUUUGCAUAAUGCCAAGUUUCCUAAAUGCUUCUAUGAGAUAUUACAAAUUUCUUUUAAAAGGAUUAAUGGAGAUUGAAGAAGAAUGCAAACAACUGAAUCUAAACUUUCAUCUUUUACAUGGUGAACCAAAUGAGAGUAUUCUUAAAUUUGUAAAAACAUAUAACAUGGGAGCUGUGAUCGUUGAUUUUUAUCCACUGAAGUUACCUAUGUUAUGGAUCGAUAACGUACAAAAGAAUCUUCCAGAAGAUGUCCCUAUUUAUCAAAUAGAUGCUCAUAAUAUUGUGCCUUGCUGGUAUGCAUCAUCAAAACAGGAGUUUGCUGCUAAAACCAUCAGAAAUAAAAUAAAUACAAAAUUACAGGAAUUUUUAACAGAAUUUCCUCCUGUUAUUAAGCACCCAUAUUUAACAAAAGAAAAAUUUGAAAACAACAAUUGGGAUAUAACUUUGCAAGAUGUAGAAGCAAGUAAGCCAACAACUGAAAUUACAUGGGCUAAACCAGGAUAUAGAAAUGGUAUUAAGGAACUUGAAAAUUUUAUACAGAAUCACUUACAAAAAUAUGGAGAUGAACGUAAUAAUCCUUUGUCAAAUGCCAUCAGUAAUUUAUCACCUUGGUUUCAUUUUGGUAUGAUCUCAGUACAACGUUGUAUUUUGGAAAUACAAGAAUAUAAAGGAUUGUAUAAAAAAUCAGUUGAAUCCUUCAUGGAGGAGGCUAUUAUUAGAAGAGAACUUAGUGAUAAUUUUUGUUUCUAUAAUGAAAAGUACGAUCUUGUUGAAGGUGCCUAUCCUUGGGCUAUAAAAACACUAAAUAAACAUCGGAAGGAUACAAGAAAAUAUGUAUAUUCUUUAAGUCAGUUGGAAAAUUCUAAAACACAUGAUGACUUAUGGAAUGCAUGUCAAAAUCAAAUGAUAAUAACAGGAAAAAUGCAUGGAUUCUUAAGAAUGUAUUGGGCAAAGAAAUUAUUAGAAUGGACUGAAACACCUGAGAUUGCUUUAGAAUGGGCCAAUUAUUUAAAUAAUAAGUACAGUAUCGAUGGUUGUGAUCCGAAUGGUUAUGUAGGUUGCAUGUGGUCUAUCUGUGGUGUCCAUGAUCAUGGUUGGCCAGAAAGAGAUAUAUUUGGGAAAAUAAGAUAUAUGAAUUAUAAUGGAUGUAAACGAAAAUUUAAUGUUGCCGAAUUUGUUAUGAAAUGGGGAAAGAAGAAAGCUAAUGAACUUAUAUAAAAGCAAAGCCACUAAUUAUAAUUAUA